UGAACUAUAAUGGGAACUCCUAUUUCUACUACUAUUUGCUAGGGCUGUGGGAAGGCAGGGGUCAGAGAAGGAACUCUGGGGAUAGGACACCUGAAUUCUAGUCUUGGCUCUGCCAUAGACCACCCCAUAGUCUCUGGUAAGUCACUUCUUCUCCCCGGACCUCAGUUUUCUCAUGUGAGAAAUGGGCCAAUCAGGCUUGUCCUCCUGACUCACAGAUGGAAUCACCCAAGCAGGGAGGGCCAGGGGCUACCUGUCUCUCCCAUCCCUCCUGGGGCAGGUGAGGAGUUUCUGGAGAAGCUUUUGCAGAGGCUGAACCCAGCCCGGGGCUGCCCCUGGACCCGGUUGCCCUUGGCCAGUGGCUCCGCUGGAACAGCCACCCUGGCCCCUCGAGACCGCUGACCCGGCCAGGGCACCACAAGGGAUCGAUCAGCCCUGGCCUUUGGGCCCUGAUUGGUCCCUACUGAGCAGGGCAAACAGCAGAGUCAUCUACAGCCACAGGCCCCUUCCCCAGCUCCAGUUCACAGCUACCUCAGGCAGGGAGGUGGUGGCUGUCCUGUCCCCGACUGAGCCCGUGAGUGACACCCGAAGCAGAGGAGCCUGGAGCCAUGCGGAGUCUCGGGCCCCUGCUCCUGCUGCUGACCGCCUGCCUGGCCGUGAGCGCCAGCCCUGUGCUGACAUUGCCCAAUGACAUCCAGGUGCAGGAGAACUUCGACCUGUCUAGGAUCUACGGGAAAUGGUUCCACGUGGCCGUGGGCUCCACCUGCCCCUGGCUGAAGAGGUUCAAGGACAAGAUGACGAUGGGCACGCUGAUGCUGGGAGAGGGGGCGACGGAGAGGGAGAUCAGCGUGACCAAGACUCACCGGAGGAAAGGUAUCUGUGAGGUGAUCUCUGGGGCUUAUGAGAAAACAAGCACUGAUGGAAAGUUCCUCUAUCACAAAUCCAAAUGGAACAUCACCAUGGAGUCCUAUGUGGUCCACACCAACUAUGACGAGUAUGCCAUAUUUCUGACCAAGAAGUUCAGCCGCCGCCACGGACCCACCCUUACUGCCAAGCUCUACGGGCGGGAGCCGCAGCUUCGGGAGAGCCUGCUGGAGGAGUUCAGGGAGGUUGCCCUGGGCGUGGGCAUCCCGGAGGACUCCAUCUUUACGAUGCCCGACAAAGGGGAGUGUGUCCCUGGGGAGCAGGAGCCUGAGCCCACCCUACUCUCGAGAGCCCGGCGGGCCGUGCUGCCCCAGGAAGAGGAAGGAUCAGGAGCUGGACAACCAGUAGCAGAUUUCAGCAAGAAAGAAGAUUCCUGCCAGCUGGGCUACUCCCAAGGCCCUUGCCUAGGCAUGAUCAAGAGGUAUUUCUAUAACGGCUCAUCCAUGGCCUGCGAGACCUUCCACUAUGGAGGCUGCAUGGGGAACGGCAACAACUUUGUCUCGGAGAAGGAGUGUCUGCAGACCUGCCGGACUGUGGAGGCCUGCAGUCUCCCCAUCGUCUCCGGCCCCUGCCGAGGUCUUUUCCAGCUCUGGGCGUUUGAUGCCGUGCAGGGGAAGUGUGUUCUCUUCAACUAUGGGGGCUGCCAGGGCAAUGGCAACCAGUUCUACUCGGAGAAGGAGUGCAAAGAGUACUGCGGCGUCCCCGGUGAAGAGGAUGAAGAGCUGCUGCGCUCCUCCAACUGACCAGCCCGCUGGUUUUUAUUGGAACCUGCCAAAUCAUAGCCUCCUGAAAUUCCACGUCCUGACUGUUCAUC